CCAAAGUUCUUCACAUUCCCACUUCUGCUCCUCUGAGUGACCACGUCCCAGCUCUGCACGUCUAAAGACAGAAACCAUGCCUUCUGAACUGGAAACAGCCAUGGAGUCACUCAUCAAAGUGUUCCACCGUUACGCCUCAAAGGACAACAAGACCACCACCCUGAACCGACGAGAGCUCAGAGAGUUGAUGGAAAACGAGCUGUCCAACUUCCUUCUGAGUCAGAAGGACCCCGCUGCUAUCGACAAGAUCAUGAAGGACCUGGACACCAACGGCGACGGCCAGGUGGACUUUGAGGAGUUUGUUUCUCUGGUUGUCGGACUUUCCAUUGCCUGUGAGCAUUGCUACCAGAUGCACAUGCACAAGAAGACAAAGAAGUGAAGGACGGCAGCGGGGGAGAGAGGAGAAGAAGCCACAAAAAGCAUUUCAAUUUUUGUAAAGAGAGUUUUGUCCAUUAAAUACAAUGAAGAAUUUCAAA